AUGGUUCAGCUCGUCGAUGCUACUCAAGGUCUUGCCGUCUCUGGUGAGGCUGAUGAUGAGUACAGCCACUAUACCACUCGUCGUUCCAGAGGUGACUACUCGGAAAACUCUCGUGGUAACUCUGGUCCUCGUCGUGGCCGUGGUGGUUUCCGCAACUCUGUUCCUCGCAGUCUUCAGCCUGCCUGGUGGGUUCCCUCUGACGAUUCCCCUGUUCACCAGGUCGACAUGGAGUAUUGGAAGUUCAACCAGCCUCAGACUGUCAAUCUGAGAAAGAUUGAGGCAGGUGUUGACGUUCGCACCACCAUCAUGCUACGCAAUAUUCCCAACCGUGUGGACUUUGAGGACUUGAAGCUCUUCCUUGACGCCACAUCUGAAGGCCACUACGACUUCUCGUACUUGCGCAUUGACUUCUCGAACAACCUCAACGUCGGUUACGCCUUUGUUAACUUUGUACGCCCUGAGUUCAUCACCAACUUCGUGCAGCAGCGUGUUGGCAAGGAGUGGAGCAUGUACGGCUCAUUGAAGAAGUGCGAGGUCUCUUACGCCACCAUCCAGGGCAUCGACUGUCUGCUCGCCAAGUUCCGCAACUCUGUUGUCAUGGAGGAGAUUCCUCGCUACCGUCCCAAGCUCUGGUACCACGUCGACUCUACCGACUUGCCUACUAUCGCUGGUCGCCCCGACAACGAGGCCAUCGGUACCGAGGCCCCUUUCCCUCCUCCCAACAACGAGCAGAAGCGUAAGCGCUCCAGAGACAACGCCGGCACUAUUGGACUCUUCCCUCCUCGUCGUGGUAGAGGUCCCUACGGACCUGGCUCUCACUUCCGUGAAGGUCAGUACGACCGCGGCACCUCUUUCGCCAUCGAAGAGGAGCGUCAGCACGAGGAGCAGCGUCAGCUCCGCUUCAAUGAGCGUCGUCUUAUCGGCUACCGUGGCAAUGACCGUGGCCAGCGUCCUGGUUUGCGCAAUGGUAGAAACCAGCAGUCUCGCUACCGCGAUGACUAUGACGACGAGGAGGAUGAUUACUUCGAUGAAGAGGACCCCUACUUCCGUGGUAACCGCCGCUCUCACUACCGUCGUUGA